CCAAUGACCGGUGAUAUAUAUACAAUAAUCUCGACAAUUUGGUCCUAACAUGUGAAAAAUCGUCUAAACAUUUAUUUAUAUUAUCUCGAUCCAGUAUACAAUGGCUAAUAGAGAACUAGUGACGCUUCAAGUUGGUCAUUAUUCUAAUUUUGUUGGCACCCAUUGGUGGAACAUCCAAGAAUCUUCCUUUGUCUACAGCCCAUCACAGGCAUCUGGACCAAAAGAAAUUUGUCAUGAUGUGUUAUACAGGGAAGGAGAGAACAGACACAGAGAAGUUACCUACACACCAAGACUGGUCGCAUUUGAUUUAAAAGGAAGUUUAAAGACACUGAAGCAGGAAGGUUUACUGUACGAGACUGGAGCUGAUGGGGAUGAUAUAAAAUGGAUGGGGGAUGUGACCAUGCAUAAAGAGGUCUCGGAACCUCUAAACCCCUAUCUGAAGAGUUUGGAACAAGUUGAAAUUGAGGAUCUGUCCAUAAGCAAAGAUAUUUCAGAUGAAGAAAAGUAUGGUGACCAUGACCUUGGCACAGAGAAAAAGAAACAAGUCUGUCAAGCUGGAAAAGGUGAUGAAAGAGACACUUUAUCAGAAACGAAACCAGUUAAUUUAGAAGAUCACAUAAAUGUAUGGUCCGAUUUUCUUGGCACUAGUUUCCAUCCAAAAUCUGUUCACGUCGUACAAGAGUACCGUCAUAAAGAUGAGUUCAGUCCCUUUGAUUUGUUCAAUUCUGCAAACGAGGUCUUUUCCAAUUACGAAUCCACAUGUGAAUGGGAAGAUAGAAUCCAUUAUUUUACAGAAGAAUGUGAUAAUUUACAAGGAUUUCAUAUAAUGAUGGAUACACAUGAUGGAUGUGGCGGCCUGGGAGCUGGAAUUCUGCGUUACUUAGAAGACGAAUUUCCAGGAAAAGGAAUCUUUACGUUUUGCUUCACAUCUGCUGACAGUCCAGAUAGCACUGCUAAGGAGCGAGCCACGAGAAUUAUAAAUUCGGCAUUAGCAUAUGGUAGUGUGACUACCCAUAGUUCUCUUUUUGUGCCAGUCUCGCUGGCGUCAAGUGUAUGGCAAAAAUUAGGAAAGCCGAUAGAAAUUCCGUACUUGAACUAUAAACCGAUGGCGUAUCACACUAGCGCCAUAUUGGCUUCAACCUUAGACACUCUGUCACUCCCAUAUAGACUUGAAACAAAUGCAAUCAAUCUAAGGGACAUAACUCAUUCCUUCAACAGUCAAGGUCGAAAGGUUGCAACAUUAAACACAAGUUUUCCUCUUGGUCUUUACAAAGAUGAAAGUUUAAUAGACUUUUUCAGCCAGUAUGGCGAAAUGUUUCCUUGGCAACCAGUCACACCUCAUGUCAAGAAUGAGAAAAAACCUUUUAUUCAGUCGGUAGUGAUGCGAGGUGUAACAAAUGCGAUGGUACAAAGUAAGACAGACCCAUCAAAACUUCCAGAUUAUCUUGCUAGAUUAACUUCUAAAGAAGAGGUUUUAAGAAAUUAUCUAUCACACAUGAGUCAAGGGAAUUUAUUUGCUACAAACUGUCUAGAAAGUGCAAUAAAAACAAAAGUUCCUUAUCCACAAAUUUUCAACGAAAAUGUAACAAGCGAUGGACUCAUCUGUUCGACACCAAGACCGGAAGGAAAGCGGGUAGACUCGGUUCCAAUGCUCACAUCAUUACAGUCUACACCAGAAGCAGGGGACGUAAUUAGACAACUGUAUGAAUCAGCAGCUAAGAUGAAUAUUAAAAAACAUCACCGAUACAUGUCGGCUGGUUUAGAAGAAGACGAUUAUCAAGAAACUUUGGAUAAUCUUAAAGCUUUGGUGACAUGCUACAAAACGGAUGCAGAAGCGUUAUAAACCUUGGAUUUACUUGUAGAAUGUUAAUGUCAUUUAAGUAACUUAAAGAUAGUAUGCUAGUUGUGCGUCUGCAAAAUAAGAUCAACAAACCAUGACUGUGCACAUAUUUUACGGUGUAAAUUUAGCUAGAGACAGUGCCUGUGGGAUUGUAAUUCCCCUGUGCGGAUUUCAGAGAAACAUGAAGGAUUUGGUUAUCUGCAAAAAGUCAAUUUUAUACUAAGCACCUGAUUCCAACCAUGCAAGCGUCACAUUAUUCUUUGCUGUCUGUUCAUGAUUUACAUUGUUGGCUAUUCAGUGAAUACUUGACCAUAAAAGGUUUUAUCAAAAUUAAAGGACGUAAAAGUGAUGUUUUAAGAUAUUUAGUGGGAUAUUUAGUGUUAAUACUUGAACGAAAUAGAUUAACAUCUUGAUA